AUUCAAACCUUUCGACAAGCAUGUAAACCACCACCUGAAUUCUAUCCUGCCCACCCACGAACCAUGGCAUCCGCGACCCCGCCUCCGCCACUUUCUCCAAGUCAAACCCAUGCCCUCUUCGAUAUCCUGAUCCACCACCAGCUCUACGCCGAGAUCGAAGCCUUCAAAUACCCUCAGGCCAUUUCGCGAUAUGGAUUCCCAUUCACAAAAGCCGACGGCGACCAGACUACAUCUCCGCUGCUGCAGUCUAUGCUCAAUAAGUUUGUGCUGCGGCUCCCCGGUGUCAAGAAUCUUAGCACGACAGCGUUUUGGCAGGAUAAAGUGAGCAUCCUGGUAGCAAAGCUCGCAGAGGCAGAGCUUAGCGAGAGCUACGAUAAGGGUGCUAUUGGAAGCCGGAAGGCGCUGGCCGCUGCCAUCAGCAGUCUAUUGGAGUAUGUGGCGAGAGGCAUGUUGGGAGGAUAUCCUGUGGGAGGGAGGGAGAAGGGUAGUGAGGCAAGCGAUAAAAAGGGAGAAGAUGAUAAAGAAAGUGUUGGAAAGAAAGAAUACGAUAUGAAAAACCCCGACGACAUUCUUCAAGCUUGGGACGACGGGAUGCGACAAUUGAUCUAUGGUGAUUUGCUCGAUGAGUUGUUUGAGAAGGUCGCUGCCUCCGACAAACUGGCUGAUCACUCGAGUCUCGUCCAAGCCGCACAUGAGUAUAUACUUUUGAACCUUGCAUCCUUCUUGCACCACAUCUUCAUCAUGUCGCCGGACGGCCAAUACCUCCUUCGCCUCCUCGAAAACAUCCACCGUCUUAUCCCAUAUGGCAUGAUCCGACAGACCCUGCGCUAUGGGAACGCGGCGACGAUGAUCAAUGCUAUGGUCAAACUGAUAUUGACCAAAAUUUCCGUGACCGCCAUCACCAACUUCAUAGGUUUGACUAAUAAUAGCAACGAUGGCAUGAACUUAAUGCAGCAGAUCAUAUCCACUGUGGCGGCGUGGGAUACAGCCGAGUUCCAGAAGAAAGCUGGGAAGCUCGAGUCCUGUAGAGAGGCCCCCAGGAAGGAAGUUUUCAAGGCCAUAAAAGCCCAUGUGUAUGCUUCACGCGACAAGCACGACGCCGCACGUAGCAUCUCCAUCGCCGAAUCCAAAUCCAUCAUCGCAGUCAUCCUCGAAACGUCCACGCCUCCUGUAUCCACCAGCUCGCUGAACGACGACCAACAUGCCAUUGCUAUGGAGUUCUACAGCAACUACCUCUCCAUCCGCGACCGUGAAGAGAUUACGAAGAUCUUGUGUAAACUACAACCUGAUGUCCUCACAUUAGCCAUGAAAGAACUCGUGGGUGCCUUUGAUCCGGUCAUUCGAUCUGUUCACAAGGCAGUAGAUCUCUCCGAGACGGUCACUGACGCCCAGAACUUCCUCAACGAUCUCAUCAAAGUCUCCAAACCGAAAAAGAUUAACAACGUCGGCAGCCGCGCCGGAAGUCGCGCAGGUUCGCGAUCCAAUAGCCGCGAUCCAUCUCCUAAGGAAACCGAAUCCACACCCGCCAGCAUCCUCGACCCACCAAACAGCCUCCAAGUUCCCACAGUGGAAGACUACAUCAGUCUCCUCCGCACCCACAUGCCUUCUUCGCACAAAUUCCUGCAUCAAGUCUGCAGCAAAGCGCCCGACCUGGCCAACGAGUAUCGCACUUACGCCCGUUCUGUCCUCGACGAAUUCCGCGUCAACGACAACGCUACUCUUACACAAGACAGCUCCGAACGCGGCGCAGGUAGCAUGACACUUCCGCUGCAAUCCCUCUUUUCAACCCUCGCCUCCACCAAACAAGACGAGCUAAAACCUCUACUUGACAAACACGAAGCCCAUCUCCAAACCCUCAAGCAAACCUCGAACCAACGUCUCCACGCCGUAAUUUCAUCCAGCAUCGCCCCUACACCCAACGCCACCCAACGAAAUUUGUCCAAACCACCACAACAACCUAAAACUGGCACCACACACGGCCCAGGCAUGUAUCUCUCCCGUUGGCAUUCUCUCCUCGACGUAACUUACAUCACUCCCGAAACUCUUUCUGGCCCUGUGCGUCGCGGAUGGGAAGUCAAAGGCGAGCUCGACGGAAAGGGGUUGAAGACAAGUGCACUACUAGCCCGCGUGGCUCGGAAAUCGAGUAGUAAAGAGCGUGAGCAAAACGCAGGUGCCAGCGGUUCAGGGAGAACCGCUUCGAAUAGUGUGUCAAGCCAUUCCGACGCUGCGACAGUCACGGUCAGUGUCGCGGAUGGUACGGGCGAUGCGGAGGAACGCCGGGAACGGAAUAGAGAUGGGCUUGAGGAGGAUGCAAUCAGGCGUGUUUGGGAAGGCUUGGAGAGUGGUUGGACAGGCGUUUGUAAGGGACUUGAAGUGAUGGGGGACUAG